AUGAGUUGCAAGUUAAGAGAAUUCAUUCGAAAUAUCCGAGCAGCGAAAACUGCUGCGGACGAGCGUGCCGUCGUCUCCAAAGAGUGCGCGGAGAUAAGAACUGCAUUCAAAGAGGGGGACGGUCGCUACCGCCACCGCAAUGUCGCGAAGGUUUUGUUUAUCUCGAUGUUGGGCUACCCCACGCAGUUCGCCCAGCUCGAAUGUCUGAAGCUGCUGGCCUCGCCGCGUUUCGCAGAGAAGCGCGUGGGGUAUCUGGGCCUCAGUUGCCUGUUGGACGAGCAGUCCGAGGUGCUGAUGCUGGCGACAAACAGCAUCAAGAACGACUUGCAACAUCCCAACCAGUACGUCAAUGGCCUGGCGCUGACGGCUCUCGGCAACAUCGGAACCGCCGAGAUGUGCGGAGCGAUCAUGACGCAAGUCGAAGAUCUCCUGCGCUGUAGCAAUCCGUUUAUUCGGAAGAAGGCAGCCUUGUGUGGAGUGCGCGUCGUCAAACGCGUAGGCGACUGUGAAGAGAAACUUCUCGCCUGCCUCCCUGCUCUCCUCGCCGACCGAAACCACGGCGUCCUCAUCUCUGCUUGCGCCCUCAUCACGGCGCUGGCUGAGCGAGAUCCUGGCCUUGUUGACGCCAUGCGGACCCACAUUCCCUGCCUGGUCAAAAGCCUCAAGGCCUGUCUAACCGCCGGAUACGCACACGCCGCGGAAUACGACAUCGCUGGAAUCACCGAUCCCCUUCUCCAGUGCAGACUCCUCAGGGUCUUGGCUCUCCUGGCAAAGGGCGACGAAGCCUCGAGCGCCUCCCUCAGCGACGUCCUCGCCCAUGUCGCGACAAACACCGAAGGCGCGAAGAACGUCGGCAACAGUGUCCUGUACGAAUGCGUUCGAACAAUCAUGACUAUCGAAGACGACCCUGGUCUUCGCGUGCUCGGAGUCAACAUCCUGGGGAGGUUUCUUUCGUCGCGGGAACUGAACGUCAAGUAUGUCGCUCUCGGCACGCUUCAACAAGUCGUUCGCGUCGACAGCAAGGCCGUGAUGCGCCACCGAGACAUUCUUCUUGACUGCCUCAAGGACCAAGAUCUGUCGCUCCGACGGCGCGCAGUCGAAGUGAUUUUCUGCUUGAUCACGGACGACAACGUGCGCGGCCUCGUGAAGGAGCUCUUGAAUUUUCUUCUGAUGCUCAACGAUGCGGAGUUCAAGCAACUCGUAGUCAACAAAAUCGCCGUGGCCGCCAGUCGCCACGCCCCGACGACGCGCUGGCAGAUCGACACUCUCUUCAAAAUCAUGACUCUCGGAGGCGACGCUGUAGACGACGCGAUCACUUUCUCAUUUAUCGAUCUGGUUGUGUCGACGCCGCCUCUCCACAGCUACGUGGUCCACAAAUGUUUCUUCUCCUUCCAGCACUCCCUCUCGAACAACGUUGCUCUUUGGCAGGCGGGUGUGUACUGUAUCGGCGAAUUCGGCGACCUCCUAGUGAAGCCAGAGAAGGGCCAUUUGCUGGGCCCGAAUGGAAGCGGAAGUAUGACAGAGGAGAGCUUGCUCAUUUCCCCUCGCCAAGUCGCCGACCUUCUUCUUUCUGUGGCUGACCAGUUGUCGUCUCUUCCCUCGUCGAAACACGUCGUUCUCACUCAAACGCUUUUGACGGCAGCUGCCAAGCUGGCCGCUCGUCUCCCCUCGGAGCGCGAGCGCCUGGUGGGUCUUUUGAAGCGGUUCGAGGCAGACAGCAGUGUCGAGCUGCAGCAGAGGAGUUCCGAGUACGUUGGGCUGCUGGAGUCCGAGGAGUGGAAAGAAAACACCAGUAUCUUCGAUCGAAUGCCGGUGUCCGACGCCUCUAAGUUGUCCACCCGACGCAGCAUAAGUAGCCUCGGAAGCGGGUCUUCGUCUUCGCUUCUUUCCGGCCGUUCUGGAAGCGCGGAAGGUAUCAGCCCCGCUCCUGCUUCGCGGCCUGUAGGCAAUGUGUGGUUUGACGCGACUGAGGUUCCUCUCAACGUGGGAAGCCCGGUCGCUGGGUUUGGCGAGCCGAUCGAGAGCAGUGAGAAGGACGAGCGUUCGUCUCCGCGUUCGCCUCAGGGAAACGCGUUCGACGAGAAGUCGCCGCAGAGAAACGGAGUCGGCGCAGGGAGCACGAAAACCGAUUUGCUGGAUCUCGACGACCUUCUGAACAUGGGCUACUCUUCAGAAUCUCGGGUUUCUCCCCAAACGGCUUCUCCUGCAGCAGCGGGCGCCGGUUCAGGCGCAGGUGACGCCUUGUCGGGGCCGUCGAGUGCUGACAAAAAUAUCGACAUGCUCGCGGAUCUUCUUCAGGGAACGUCUGUGUCUUCCCCGAGUGGAGGCGGGGCCCGCGUCGGUCCAUCUGGAGCGGCCAGCAGUGCGGGAGACGUGCGAGGAAGCAGUCCCGGGCAAGAUGGAAGUCUGGACAGUUUGUUCGGGAUUUCCCCGUCCCAGCUCCCUCUUAACGCCGGCGCGCCUGCAUCGUCCCUGCACUCCCCGACGUCGGAUCCGUUUGACUCGUUCCUGGUCCCCGAAACGAGGGGAGGCCCGAGCAACAUUGUAGUGACGCCUGGCCCAGGUGUUCUCGGGAGCUCGGGAAGUGGAAACGGGGCGUCUCCCCCGAUGAAUGUCUUGAACGAGGAUGAUUUGUGCGUUGAUUUCAUCUGCUCCCGCCAGGGGCCGGGCGGAAGCAGUGCGGCGGCAGUCCCUGAACUUCUUGAGAAGCCGAGGAGUUCAGAAGGCGCCAGCAUUCGAGCAGAAUUUCGCAAUCGGGGACAGGCGCAGAUCACGAAUCUUCUCUUCGAGGCUGCGGUUCCAAAAUAUCUGAAGCUGACGAUUCAACCUGCAACGGGGACGUGCGUGCCUCCCAAUGGGGCCGGAGUAGUCACGCAGGGCAUGCACGUCUGCUUUGGUGACGGUGCGGCCGCCCUUGGCGCAAAGCCACUGCUCAUGAAAUGCCGAAUCUCGUUCAACAAAGAUGGAGUUGUAUUGCAAAAGUUCGUCAACGUCGGGGAUUUCCCGUCCGGACUCCUUUCGUGA